AUGGCUGUGAUUAAUCAAAUUGUCGGCGAGGCUGCCCACCUUGUCGUCAGAGUAGCGGACGCUGCCACAACGACGACCAGCAGCCCACAGCCGGCAGAGACGACUCAACCAGCCGAUCGAAACACCAACUCUAGUUCCCCGUUGCUGUUUUUCGUUGCACUGGGUUUUGGUGUGGUAUUUACCAAUUUAUGGAUCAUCGUUGGUGUCAAAUAUUGUUUCCGCUACAACGCUCGCAAUCGAGCCCUUCGCAUGGGCGAAGACGGCGAACCAAUCAACAUGGAGAACAUGCCUCGUCCUCAUCGUCGACGCCGCGAGAAAAAGCUCAUGACCAUGGACGAGGUUAAUGAUAAGUUUCCUAUGAUGAAAUACAAGACUUGGGUAUCGGAACGGGCAAGAGAGGGACUGCCUACUGCCGGUGGCGUUGACCUUUCUCAAAGCCGCGCCAACAGUAUUCGUGGCGCAGAUGGAAUCAUCCCUGACCUGGCAUCGAACGACAGAGACUCUUCUGACAGUGUUCGCGCCAAUGCCGCAUCUACAGCCGCAUCUGCACCUGAUGGACCCAAGAAUCCCCAGGUAGCCGACAAGGAUAAGGACGACGAGAAGAACGAUGGAACGGAGCGAACCAAGGAUGUACCAACGAAAUCUAACGAAACAGGCCAAACCUCUUUCGCGGACAAAAGCGGAAGUCUUCAUCGAGUGGAUAGCGAAGAGGGCGACGAGCACAUUGACGCCGCAUUGCCCCCUGAGUGUCUGCAGGCCCCUGGUGACUCGUGUGCUAUCUGCAUUGAUACCCUUGAAGAUGACGAUGAUGUCCGUGGGCUGGCUUGCGGUCACGCUUUCCAUGCUGGAUGCGUUGAUCCUUGGUUGACAAGCCGCCGUGCUUGCUGCCCAUUGUGCAAAGCUGAUUACUACACACCCAAACCCCGACCAAACCAGGAAGCCGAAGCACAAAAUGGAAAUGCAGCCAACUUUGACGCUCGUCAAAAUAGCCGCCUCAAUCUGCCCUCUGGAUUGGCGAAUGUUUUCCGCAGCGACCGGAGUAGCCGAAAUGCAUCUCGCACCCGAAGUGGCCAGAACCGUGGACACAGAUCUCGAUCAGACCACCAAACCCAGGAGGAGCCGACUACAACUACUGAAUCGGCCACUAAUUCGUCGGCCGCUGAGACACAACAGGUACCUCGCGCCGGUGUCUUUUCGUCGAUCCGCUCUGCUUUAACUUUCGGCCGGAGGCCCACUCCAGAGCAGGCUAAUCAGCAGUCGGAUGCCACGACGGUGACUCCGGCCCAAUUGGAGGCUGGCACCCGCCCUGCACAAUCAUCGUGA